ACUUUGCAGACAGAUAAAAUGGGUCAAGAGGAACAAAGUGACCAAGCUAUGCUGACUGCAGUGUAUCGAGGAGAUCUUAAUGCACUGAAAGAACUGAUAGCACAGGGUGGUGAGCCAAAUGCCAAGGACUGCAAUGGCCACCCAAUCUUAUUACAUGCAGCAAAAAACGUGGAAAUUCUCAGAUAUUUAUUGGAAGAUGUUCAUAUUCCAAUAGAAGCCUGUGAUAAAUAUGGCUACACACCUCUUUUGAGAGCAUCAUCAAAUGGAAAUCUAGAUGCUGUGCAGUAUCUGGUCUCAGCUGGUGCCAACCUCUUGGCCAGAACCGCACUGGGUGAGACAGCACUGCACCUUUCCGCUCGCACUGAGUCAUUGGAGACAUUCCAAUUCCUCCAUCAGUCAGGAACUCCAAUGGAUAUACUGGAUAUCCGAGGCAGAACUGUGCUUCAUCAUGCAGCUCAGUUUUCAUAUCCAAAAAUGGUGGAAUACAUCCUACGAGGGGGCUGGUGGCCUGUUGACUGCCAAGACAAGAAUGGACAGACACCACUGAUGUUGACGGCAGACUUCCCAAGAAGUGAGGUACACAAUUAUGAUACUGCAUAUAUAUCUCAAAUAUAA